AGAUCCUAUUUAAUGUAUCUCAGAACUGCAAUUUGUAAUUAUAAAAUAUUUUAUCAUCUGUCUCAAGAGGUAGACCGGGUCAUCCACUGCUAGGAAGAACUGUGUCUUCAUACUGACCCUCACAUACAACGGUCAGUACUACAGGCAGAAACAUGGCUGUGCCGUGGGUUCCCCAGUUUCACCCAUUGUGGCCAACUUUUACUUGGAAGAAGUGGAAAAGAGGGCUCUGUUAUCCUACCCUGGAACACCACGAAGUCAUUGGUUCAGCAUUUAGGUCCUCCCUCUGCCUCACUUGAUCUGCUGCUGGACAUCACGACAGUUUCAACAGAGUGUAUAAAAGACAAAGAAGGAACACAGCGGGGAAAGAACACAACAACAAAAAAAGACAGAAAUACAGUAGGGGAAAUACAAGUAGACUAACACAGCAAAAAUGGCUUUAAAUUUUGGUUUGAAGGUGUCUAAAUGCAGCAAAUUUACAGUAAGCUGAAUACAAAUACUUUUACCGGUACAAGCUUCUCUGUUGAAAUGGAUAGAAACAGAAAUUUACCAUAAUGACACGCAAACAAGGGCAUCUAUUAUUAGAACUCCAAUGCUAUCUCUUUAAAUUUAACACUAUAAAAUUUAGACAUUUCAGCAGAGCAGCACAAACUAAUUAUAUCGCAGAGAAGAGGAAGCUAGCUGACCAGUCUUUAUUGGCAGACACCCAAGAGCACAACUUCCUGCUCAUGGUAUGCUGCUCUUUGUGGUUUGACAGUGACAGAGAGAGAGAGAGAGAGAGAGAGAGAGAGAGAGAGAGAGAGAGAGAGAGAGAGAGAGAGAGAGAGAGAGAGGUGACAUGCAUAAGAGGGUUUUUUUGACAGUUACUGACAAAAGUCACAUUUGCAGCAGACAGCAGCAUAGAGCAGCGUGAUGGAGCCACAAGAGAUCAGAGAGGGAUACUUAGUGAAAAAGGGGACAUUGCUAAACUCCUGGAGUACAGUGUGGGUGGUGUUGUCAGAAGAUGGAGUGGACUUCUAUAAAAAGAAAACAGACCGUUCACCUAAAGGGAUGAUCCCAUUGAAGGGAGCAACACUGAGCAGCCCUUGUCAGGAUUUUGUCAAGAGGACGCUGGUUUUCAAGAUAACCACUGAGAAGAAGCAAGAUCACUUUUUUCAAGCCUCGCACGUGGAGGAGAGAGAGCUUUGGGUCAAGGACAUCAAGAGAGCCAUUAUCUGCAUCCAAGGGGGAAAAAAGUUUGCCAGAAAGUCUACCAGACGCUCCAUUCGCCUGCCUGAAACAGUCAACCUAGCUGCGCUGUACACAGAGAUGAAAAACCAGGAUGAAGGCGUGAAAGAGUUAAAACUGGAACAGGAGAAUCGAGUCUUCAACCACUGCUUCACCGGUGCGACGGUGAUAGACUGGCUGAUUUCAAAGGAGAAGGCGAGAAAUAGACCUGAGGCACUCAUGCUGGCAACAGGGCUCAUGAAUGAGGGUUUUCUCCAGCCUGCAGGUGACUUAUCAAAAGAGGGAGCAGAAAGCGGAGAGCAAGCAGCCUUCUUAGAUGACACAAAAGCUCUCUAUUAUUUUGCAGACAGUGGCUUCUUUUGUGAAGGCUACUCCAGUGAUGAAGAUGUUCUUCUAAAGGAAGAAUUCAGAGGAAACAUCAUAAAACAGGGCUGUUUGGUUAAACAGGGACAUAGACGGAAGAACUGGAAGGUGCGAAAAUUCAUACUCAGAGAUGACCCUGCCUAUAUACAUUACUACGAUCCUGCAAAGGCUGAUGACCCUCUGGGCUCAAUCCACCUCCGUGGAGCAGUGGUCACAGCUGUGGACUAUGUGCCUGAUGCCAAAAAAAAAGAUAUUGAUGGCAACCUAUUUGAGAUCAUCACUGCAGACGAGACUCACUACUUCCUCCAAGCUGCUACAGACCAAGAAAGAAAGGAGUGGAUCAAAGCAAUACAGAUGGUGUCAAAAAGCGGAAAAUAACAAAUAGCAUGGGGAAUAUGUAACAGCUGCAGUGGCAUAUCGAAUGCAAAAGUUUGGUAGUUCUGUAAUUAUAUUCUGUCACCCACGUUUUUGUAUAGUUUUUAAUUGUUUUAGAGUAACUUGAAAUAUAAAGUUCUCUACACACUAUCAAACUGCAAACAUCACUUCUGCUGUAGCUAAAGACAAUCAAAUUUAAAUUGCAAGCUUAAUAUAAAGUGUCAUAACCAAUGUUUACUCUAUGUUAGUGAACAUGAAGAUAUGAUAGCAAAGUAAAAAUGAGCUGAGGAAUAAAUAGAAUGAAUUAUAAUUAAUAACAUUGCAAAUAUCUAUUUAUUUUAAAUAUGCUAUUCUGUAAAACUACGAUACAGCUGAGUCUUACCAAAUGACAAAAGAUAAAGGUUAAGACAGAUAAACUGGGUUUUUUUCUCCUCCUGAGUCUUAUUAUUCACUCCACUGUGGUUUUUUGAUUUCCUCCUUCUUAACCUGCCCUUCAAAAGUCGGAGGCAGUUCUAGCUAUCACACGAGCACAGUUGGUUCCUGAGCGUGAACUAACUCAGAAUCACUUUCAGCCUUCACAGUUUCACACGUUGUGGCUUACAGGCCUGCUGCAUACAUGAGACAAUUUAUCAGUGACAGAAACGACAAGCGUACACUACUAUGUGUAUUCAGAAAUGUAAUUUUAGUGCUGACAGCUAAACUGAUGAGUUUAUGAAGACUUUUUUAGUUUUUAGUUUUUUUUUUUUAGUUUUGUCUAUAUUAGUUGGACUAAUGCUAUAUUUACUUAUUUAUUUCAGACCUAUUUAAAAGUGAGAACAUUGCCAUUCUAUUUUGAAAUCCCUGUCAUAUAAGUCAAAUUUAUCAUAGCAGUAUACGCCACUACAGACCAUCUAGCAUUUUAUUUUCAGGAGCGAUAGUGGUAUUUGAGGUGGCCCUUUAUCUGGUACCUUGAUACUUGGGUUUAUAUCAUUUAUGUAAACUACAAAUGUGUUAAUGACCUAUCUGAUUGUGGUUUCAUUCUUCUGUGUUACACGGGACAUAGCAUUCUCUCUUUUGACACAACGCUUUCGGAGGUGUCACUUAGAGACAACCUUACCAUAACGGAAAGGAGCAAUGGCAAAAACUAUGAAGCUGCAGGUCUUUGAUAGAAAUUUGACUUAAUAAAAUAUGUUACUUUGGCCAUUUAGGCUCUUUUUAAAAAAUGAACAAUUUACUCUUAAUUUUAAUUCUAUAGCGCAGGACUGCACAACUUUGACAACUUUUUCUUCUUUCUACCAAGAGUCACUGCCUCUUAAUUUUCUUUCUGUCUUCAUGUUUUUUUAGUACAGACCAGUGAACCAUUGCCAUAAUAGAGGGUUAGGUACAAUCUUUGGCUUCAACUGUUCCCCUUUCAAGUCAUUGCUAUAUUCUUGUUUUGACACAGAGCCAAUAACAGGUGCUUCUUUAAGUACUUGAGCAUGUUUCUCUUCUCUCUUUUAUAAAUGUUAAUAUUUCUAAGAGAGGGUGAGAGGAUAAAUCAGCA